AUGGCCGCCUCCACCCUGUCUGUCUGCUCCAGUGACCUGAGCUAUGGCAACCGCGUGGACGACUGUCCAGAGAGCUGCUGCCAGCCCUCCUGCUGUGCCUCCUGCUGCUGCCAGCCCUCCUGCUGUGUCCCCAGCUGCUGUGCCCCCAGCUGCUGUGUCCCCAGCUGCUGCCAAUCCACCUGCUGUGUUCCCAGCUGCUGUGCCCCAGCCCCCUGCCAGACCCUUGUGUGUGCCCCAGUGAGCUGUGGACCCAGCCCCUGCCAAUCAGCCUGCAUCAGCUCCUGCACCCCCUUGUGCUGCCAGCAGUCUAGCUGCCAGCCCUCCUGCUGCACCUCCUCCCCCUGCCAGCAGGCCUGCUGUGUACCUGUCUGCUGCAAGCCUGUGUGCUGCACACCCGUCUGCUCCACACCCAUCUGCUGCAAGCCCGUCUGCUGCACACCUGUCUGUUGCACACCCGUCUGCUGCAAGCCCGUGUGCUGUGUGCCCGUUUGCUCUGGGGCUGCCCCCUGCUCAGCCCCCUCCUGCUGCCAGCCCACCCCCUGCCCCUCGUCCUGCUGCAGACCCUCCUCCUGCGUGUCCGUCAUCUGCCGCCCUGUGUGCAGACCCGCCUGCUGCGCACCUGUCUCCUCCUGCUGUACCCCCACCUCCUCCUGCUGCCAGCCCAGCUGCUGCCGCCCAUCCUCCUGCGUGUCCCUCAUCUGCCGCCCCGUGUGCUCCCGCCCGGCCUGCUGUGUCCGUGCCUCAGCCCAGAAGUCCUGA